AUGUUGGCUCAAAGAAUCUCUCAGCAUUCUGCCCGGCGGCUCCUUGCCAAGCAACCCACCCUCUCUAGAUUCACGCCCUCAGUAGCGAUUGCAGGAAGCAGAUUGCGACCUCAAGUCCGGCACGCCGCUUUUCAACCCUCCGCCACAGAACCCCACGCACAAACACAGCCAGCAAAACCCUCCGAUGCCUACGCCAUCCUCGCCGCUCAACGCUUGAACCGCCCCAUCUCCCCCCACUUGACAGUCUACCAACCCCAAAUCACCUGGUAUGCAUCCGCCCUCAACCGCGUAACCGGCUGUGUCCUGUCCGGAGGUCUCUACAUCUUCGGUGCUGCAUACCUAGUCUCUCCGCUGCUGGGAUGGCAUCUUGAGUCGGCCGCAAUGGCGGAAUGGUUUGGCAGCUUCGGCGCUGUGACGAAGGGGGUGAUGAAGUUUGGGAUAUCGUGGCCGUUUACGUUUCAUUGUUGGAAUGGGCUGAGGCAUUUGCUUUGGGAUACGGGGAGGGAACUUGGUAACAGGCAGGUGCAGGUUACGGGGUGGAUUGCGGUGGCGUUAUCGGUGGUAAGUAGCACUGUGUUGGCUUUUGUGGGUAUGGGAGAUGGCAAGAGCAAGGGAAAGGGAGUGGGUGAGGAGAGCUGGAAGGGCGAAUUCAAGAACUGGAAGGGUUAA